AUGAUGUGGAGUCGCUUCAGGGAGAUUUUCUUCGAGCAGUACAUUCCUGCUACGGUCAGGAGUGUGAAGGCAUCAGAGUUUCUGCAUCUGACACAGGGGUCUAUGACGGUGCAGCAGUACACAACGAGGUUUGUUGAGCUAUUCCGAUUCGCCCCGUAUAUGGUGCCAAAUGAGGAAAGGAAGGCAAGAAAGUUUGAGGAGGGCCUAAUACAGAAGUUGUAUGAGCAGGUGAUAGGUUUCCAAGCUCUGACCUUCUUGGAGAUAGUGGAGAGGGCUACGGUAAUUGAGAGCAGCAUAAAAAGAGGCACAGAUGCCCAGAGCCAGAGGAAGAGGCCCGCGCCUUCUGAUUUUCAGGCAGAGUCCAGUCAAGGGCCAUGGAGAAGAUAUGAUAGUAGAGGGGGAUGA